AUCUCCUAUUGCCAAUAAUCCGUUAGGGCGGGGGCAUACAUAUAGCAGUGCGAAAACUAUGGUUUAAUGGUGCCACCCAUAUUUUGGGGAAUUGUAAUAUUCAGGACAAUCUCUACUCUUUACCACAACGAUAAACCACAAGUGCCCGUAGCUACCUUUUAAUUUUGCGCGUUCCCGUAACAGUGUCCGCCAUUUUGAUAAAAAAAUAUGACAGCAUCCUUGUCUGUCUUGCUGCAAUCUUGAGGGUAAAAGCGACAAUUAAUUUACUGGCGCUGGGAUUGAUUGUACUAUACACGGGUGGAAGGGUCAGGCAGCCUCUGGUGAGCUGUCAAAGAAACACUCGCCAGAUUACUGACAGAUUUGGUUGAUGGGGCGUGCAGCACCAGUUGACUGGCUUGGAAUAUAAACAAACUGCUCAACCAGCUACUUUAGCAGACUGACACAGACGCCCUGGAGCUAAAUGACAAGUGUGUGUGCGCCAAUGGUGAGUGUGUAAUCGUCCAUGCAGAUGACCAUUCCUUCCUGGGUCUAUGAGACAAAUGACUGAAGAGGUCUGACCAAGGACACACAUUAAUUAGCUGCAGCCAUGUUCUGGAAGUUUGACCUGCACAUGUCAUCCCAGCUGGAGGCCCUGCUGGAGAAGGAUGAUGUCACACUCACUGAGCUCAUGGAGGAGGAGGACGUACUACAGGAGUGCAAGGCCCAGAACCACAGGCUGCUUGUCUUCCUGUCCCAGGACACCUGCAUGCAGGAGCUGCUGCACCUCAUCACCACAGAGCCCCCUGCUGGCCUGGAAGAAACAAGACGUUUUAAGCACCCUAACAUAGCGUGUGAGCUGCUGACGAGUGAUGUGGGGGUGAUAAAUGAUAAGCUGGGUGGAGAGAAGCUCCUGCUGGAUACCCUGUACUCUUUCCUGGAGCAGCCCCCUCCCCUCAACCCCCUUCUUGCGUCCUUCUUCAGCAAGACCAUCGGAAACCUCAUCACACGCAAGACCGAACAGGUGAUCUCCUUUCUGCGGGGAAAGGAGGGUUUCCUGGGUCUGGUCCUGAAUCACAUCAACACAUCAGCCAUGAUGGACCUCCUGCUACGCCUCAUCAGCUGUGUAGAGCCUGCUCCUCUCAGACAGGAUACACUCAACUGGUUAAAUGAAGAGCAGCUGGCCCAGAGGCUUAUAGAGCUCAUCCACCCUGGGAAAGAUGAGGAGAAACAGUCAAAUGCAUCCCAGACUGUGUGUGACAUCAUCCGUCUCAGCAGAGACCAGGCCAAUCAGCUCCAAGAGAACUCUGAGGCUGACCCUCUGCUUGCCGUGCUGGAGUCGCAGGAGUGUGUGGGUCAGCUGCUGGACAACAUGUUUGUGGGAGAGAGGACAGAGAGCUGUGUUAUCUGUGGAACUCAAAUCCUUCUAACCUUACUGGAAAUCAGGAGGCCAGGGGUGGAGGGUAUGUUGGAUGUGUGUGUUCAGGGACAUGAGAGGUGUGUCAACAGUAGCAUCCUGCAGGCCAUCCAACCCCACCUCACACACUACCACCAACUACUGCUGGAUCCGCCCAGGGUGACCCCCAUGCUUACCAGUCUAGGUGUGUUGGAGGUGCCACUGGGUAACUGUCGUCUCCAUGUGGCCAGACUGAUGGCCUCUCUGCUACAGACCACUAACACCAGUUAUUACAUUUGUUGUAACAACACCAUUUAUAACAACACUGUCACACUGGAGCUCUGCAGACUCAACACCAUAAACAUUUUACUGGACCUGUUCUUUAAGUACACCUGGAAUAACUUCCUGCACUUCCAAGUGGAGCUGUGUGUGGCAGCCAUCCUCAGCCACUCUGCCCAGGAGCAGAGACCCCUGGUUACCCAGGAAAAUCCCAGGCUUCAGCAGGAGCCCCAGGAGAAGCAGGCCUCGCCUGGCCCUACACUCCCACUGCCCUCUGUUCCUCCCGACAUCUCCACACACAACCCACUGGUGACCCAUUUGUUUCAGGACUGUCGUCUGGUUCUGAGGAUAUUGGAGGCCUGGGAGGAGAAUGAUAAGAUGCAGGCGGAGGGGGGCAUGAGGAGAGGCUACAUGGGUCACCUGACUAGGAUCGCCAACACUGUAGUCUGUAGCAUGGAGAAAGGACCAGUACACAGCCAGAUCAGCAGCCUUAUUACAGAGCUGCUUGUGGAUUGCAAGGGGCGCUGGGAGACCUUUGUAGACCAGGCCCUGACAGAGAUCAACAGGAAGAACACUGUAGACCUGGUGUCUCACAACCUGCGCUCCUCCAGUGAAGACGAUGAUCGACAGAGUCCCUUCCCCAAAGAGCUGUCACUGCAACAAACAUUCUCAGACUACCAGAUCCAGCAGAUCACUGCUAACUUUGUGGAUCAGUUUGGCUUCAAUGACGACGAGUUCUCAGAACACGGCGACAACAUCAAUGCCACCUUUGACCGGAUCGCAGAGAUUAACUUCAACGUGGACACAGAGGACACUGCUAAGACUGCAGCAUUUGAGGCCUGCACCAAGGAGAAGAUCCAGUCGUUUGAUGACAACGAAGAGGAAGAUAUCUGGGAGGAGAGAGAGAUCAACUAUACUACACACACAAAGUCUAGGACCAGGUUUGGGGGGUCACGGACGUCUGUUGGAGCAGCUCAGAGUGAUGGGGUGAGCGAUACUGCUGGUUGCUCAACAGGUUCUGAAACGGAGGAGUGGGAGGUGCCUAUUGAGGUCACAGGUCAGACAGAACACAGCAAGAACAUCAGCCAGACUGAGAAUAUCAGCCAGACUGAGACUGCACAGAACCCUGGCUGGGCGGCUAGUUUCGGGGAGGUGAACUCUAAGGCCCCCUCUCCUGGAGUGGGCAUGGAUCCAUGGGCUAACCCCACCCCCAAGUCUGGAGUGGGCGUAGACCUAUGGGGUAGCCCUGCCCCCACACCUGGAGUGGGCUUAGACCCGUGGGGUAGCCCCGCCUCUAAAUCAGGAGUGGGCGUAGACCCAUGGGGUAGCCCCACCCCCAAGUCCGAAGUGGGCGUCGACUCAUGGGACAGCCCUGCCCCCAAGUCAGAAGUGGGCGUGGAUGCAUGGGGCAGCCCCGCCCCCCAACCCAUAACUGCAGAGAAGGGCUGGGCCAAGUUCACUGACUUUCAGCCGUUCUGCUGUUCAGAGACAGGUCCGAGGUGCACUUCUCCAGUAGACUCCGAGAUCUGUGGGUCAGACAAAACAAAACCCAGCCAAGACAAGAACUCUUGUGUGUGGAGUGUGUGUGUGGCGAGGAAGGCUCCCCUGGUAGCAUCAGACAGCUCUUCAUCAGGAGGCUCAGAAAGUGAUGAAGAGGACAAGACUGAAUCUCUUACUAUGGAGACGGUAUCCAAGGAAAUGGUCACUACAGAGACCGUUGUUACAACCGCCGGACGGGAGACCAUCAGACUUAGGAUGGACGCCAACAACGAGAGAGCUGUCUUCACCAGAGUGUUUCAUCCUGCAGUCAGAGGUGAGGCUGACAUGAGAGAGAAAGAGAAGAUGAAGGAGAAAGAGAGGGUGAUGGGUGGAGGAGACCCUCUCAAUGCCACCGCUGCUCCCCUCAAAAUCCGGCCUGCCACCGUCACAAAAGACACACCAUCCUUGGCAAACGGACCGGCCUAGUACUACGGUACCACGACACACACAUACACACUCCACUUCCCAACAACACUCCAUGCCAUGCAACGUCUUGUAUCGUGAGCAGUGCUGCCCUGUCAUAGGUCUGUGUCUAGGACAUCUACGGUGGCUGAGAGAGUCAAAAACGGAAGAGAAAAGCCAUUCCGGAAGCCAAACAACAGCUCCUAAACACAAGUUUAUAAACAGAUUCAUGUGAUGUUUGUCCCUGCCCUACUGCUGUAGUCUCUCCUAGACACCUAUCACCACACUGCGACGUGUGUGUGUGUGUGUGUGUGUGUGUGUGUGUGUGUGUGUGUGUGUGUGUGUGUGUGUGUGUGUGUGAGAUCCAGCUUUAUGUAGUCUUGUUAGUUCUUGGCUCAGCCAGUUUUUUUUUACACUUUAAGUCGAGAAGACGCUCCAUUCCCGCUGUAGUCACAUCAUCAGCGCAGAGUAGUCUGAGGAGGGGAAUGAGUAGUCAGUACUGACUGUAAGAUCUUCAAAGACAGUGUGUUCCUAGUUUUUUUUUUUUUUUUACUCAAUCAUUUCAGCAUAGAAAAUCCAGCCUGUUUAUGAAAAUUCUCCACUAUCUUUCUCCCUCUCUGUGUGGACUAUUCCGUCUGUUCUCCCUCUCUGUGUGGACUAUUACAGGUAGUGAAAAUAUUGAUUCUGUCUCUUCUUUCUCUUUGUGUGGGAGAUUUGGAAUAUAUAUUCUCAGGUUAAAAGAGCAGUUCUGUGGAUGUGAUGAAAGCACACCUGUGUGACGUCACACACAGCAUGAGUACACACACAUACAGUUUGAUUAUUCACACACACACAAAGCUUGAGGCAUACACACUCCACUGUAUGAGUGUAUACACACAAACACAGAGUUUGCGCAGACAAGCACUCACACCCUUCCAUAUCACCCCUCCACAGAGCUGUGUAAAUGUAAUAUUGUGACCUUUGAACCUUCUAUUAGGUUGUGGUAUAAUGUAAACGUAUUAUAAUGUAAACAGUAUAUAUAUAUAAACACGUAUCUAUUUUUGGUAUCAAUUCAGAUGUAUCGGAAAGCGGAUGUUUAGCAGGUUGCUGUGUGUGUGUGUGUGUGUGUGUGUGUGUGUGUGUGUGUGUGUGUGUGUGUGUGUGUGUGUGUGUUUAUAAUGGUGAAAUGAGGCAAUAAUGACAUCUGUGUUAUGGUUUUUACCCCAGCAUCAGACCCUGAUACAUGCUUCCUCCUGGGUGUGUGUGUGGGUACAUGUAUGUAUAUGUUUAAUGUAUUGGAAAUGUCUUCCAUAUCCAAUUCCUCAUGCUAUAUCAUCUUAUCAGUAUCUAAAGCGGUCUCUCUCCCUUCUCUCAUUUAGAGCAUGUCAUUCAGGUAUGACUUAGUGAAGUUAGUUUCUGUUGUGUGGUUUUAUGUUUAAAGCACUUUGUGAUGGUGGUCAGAACCAUCAAGGUAUUUUACUCACUGCUGAGGAAGAGGUUUGACUUAAAGGAAUCAGUGAGUUAUUACAAAAUCUUAAUAAUAUUUGUAUGUGAUAUGACGAUUUGAUCCACCUAUUGUGAUGCCAAAGUGGGCUAGAGACUAAUGAAAUUGGCUAGAUUUGGGACAGGGAGAGGGGUCCACCCUGAUAAAGCUAACCAGAGUUGUGUACAGAGUUACGUCAUACCUUCACCCCAACACCACACACUGCAUCUGACUCAUACCACACCACACACUGCAUCUGACCCAUACCACACCACACACUGCAUCUGACCCAUACAAAACCACACACUGCAUCUGACCCAUACAAAACCACACACUGCAUCUGACCCAUACAACACCACACACUGCAUCUGACCCAUACAAAACCACACACUGCAUCUGACCCAUACAACACCACACACUGCAUCUGACCCAUACAACACCACACACUGCAUCUGACCCAUACCACACCACACACUGCAUCUGACCCAUACAAAACCACACACUGCAUCUGACCCAUACCACACCACACACUGCAUCUGACCCAUACAAAACCACACACUGCAUCUGACCCAUACAACACCACACACUGCAUCUGACCCAUACAAAAACCACACACUGCAUCUGACCCAUACAACACCACACACUGCAUCUGACCCAUACAACACCACACACUGCAUCUGACCCAUACAACACCACACACUGCAUCUGACCCAUACAACACCACACACUGCAUCUGACCCAUACAACACCACACACUGCAUCUGACCCAUACAACACCACACACUGCAUCUGACCCAUACAACACCAGACACUGCAUCUGACCCAUACA